AUGGCGCCGCGUCCAGACGCAAAAAAAGAGAAGCCUGGCUCUGCGAGUUCGUCGGCCGCCCCCGGCGUCGCUCAGCGCCUCGCCGCCCCGUUCCACCGGGUGUGCGUACACCUCAGGGAGGCGCCGGCGUCGCGGCUCCGGCUGUACGUGUACGCGUACGCGGCGCUUCUCCGGGCGGCGUUGAUUGUCUACGGCGAGUGGCAGGACCGGAACCUGCGUGUGAAGUUCACCGACAUCGACUACAAGGUGUACAGCGACGCCGCGCGACAUGUUGUGGAGUUCGAGUCGCCCUACAGACGCCAUACCUAUCGAUACACACCACUCAUUGCGUUUCUCUGCGUAGGCAACGUCGUGCUCCACUCUGCAUGCGGGAAGAUCCUGUUCGCGGCUGCAGACCUGCUUCUCUCGCUGUUGACGGAGAAGCUCCUGCUGCUCCUCGCCUCAGAGCAGAUCCCUCGCGAGGAGCCUGGCGAGAAACCCGUUGCCCUCAGAGCCUCUCCUCUCGCCUCCUCCGCGAACGCGGCCAGUCUGCUGCUCUCCUCGCUGCAGUCGCCCUCGUCUUCUUCGCUCUCUUCGCCACCGUCGUCUUCUUCACUCUCUUCGCCACCCUCGUCUUCUUCACUCUCCUCUCCGCCGUCGUCUUCUCCGCCGUCCCCGCGACCUUCUUCUCCCUGCUCCGCACAAGCGUCGGCAACGCCCGCCGUCAGCGCCUUUCUUCUUCCUGCGCUCUGCUGGACCAUCUUCCCCGUGGCCGCGGCUGUCAGCACACGGGGAAAUGCAGACGUCGUUCCUUCUCUUCUUUGUCUCCUCCUCCUUUUCCUCCUGCGAACGAACCGCCUCGACGCCGCCGCUGUGUGCUAUGGCCUCGCGGUGCAUGUGAAGAUCUUCCCCGUCGUGUACGGCAUCCCCAUUCUUCUUUUUCUUCGAGGGAAACCUCUUGGGCGCGCUCUCGCUCCGGCAGACCAUGUGCUUCGUCUCCCCCGCGUAGACACCGCUGCUCUGUUGUCUCCGACUUCGCUCGUCGCCUUCCUCUCUGCGCUCUCGCAACUCUUCGGAGCCGCCGCCUUCCUGUUCGCCCUCCCGCUCGCGCUUCCUCUCCGACUCCUCCCGCGCCUCAACGCUGCGCAGUGGAGAUUUGGCCUCCUCAGUGUCGGCACUUUCUUUGGGCUCGGCGGGAUCUUCUACCUCUGCUACGGAUGGCCGUUCCUCGACGCGGCGUAUCUUUACCAUUUUUCGCGCGUGGACAUCCGCCACAACUUCUCGCUCUUCUUCUACUUGCUCUACCUCUCUGCUCAAAUCCCCUCCAAGGCACUUGGCAUCAUCACGUUCGUUCCCCAGAUGGCGACAUGCCUGCUCGUCGGCUGCUACUACGCGCAGAAGGGGAAGCUGGAGCUCGCGCUCUUCCUUCAGACUCUCAUCUUUGUGGCGCUCAACAAAGUGUGCACCGCACAGUAUUUCCUGUGGUGGCUCGCGCUCCUGCCCUUCGCCGUCGCCAGCACGGACAUGCGGCCGCGGACUUGCUGGCAGAUCGUGAGGCUUCUGGCUUUCUUUGAGGCGACGCACUUUGCGUGGCUUUUCUUCGGCUACGAGAUCGAGUUCCUCGGCAAACCGAGCUUCUUCCCAAUGUUCGUAGCUUCCCUCUUCUUCGCCCUGGCCCAAUUCCUCAUCGUUUGGUUCUUCAUUCUGAAGACCAGCAGAAGGACCUCGCUUCUGCGGUCCAAAGACGCGUAG